CACCCCUCAUCCUCCCCGCGAGCUCACCAAAACCUCAAACCCCAGCCAGCCUGUCCGCCUCCACAGAAAAGUAAAGGCAGCAGGAGAGGGAGAGGAAAAAAUGGAGGUCCUCGUCUCCACCACCGCGGCCUCGGCUCCCUUAUCCUCCGCCCGCGUCCACCGCCGGCCGCUCACCCGCUCCGUGGCCUUCCGCGCCCCGGGCCGACGAGGCUGGCGCUGCCGCUCCGCCGCGCCGACCAGGCCCGACCCGGUGCCGUCCGAGGAGCCUGCGUCGGCGUCGGGGUCCGCGACCGCCACCACCGUCGUCACGGACAAGCCCGACGCGCCGGCUGCGGAGGAGAAGAGCGGGGAGGUCUCCGGUGGAUUUGUGGAGGUGAUGGUGGAAGAUGCGCCGGUGUCGUCGCCCGAGGAGGACGGCGGCGUGGACGACAUACUGGGCAAGUUGGACAUCCAAGUGACGCCCACUUCUGUCAUCCUCGGAGGCGGUGCUUUGAUUGCUCUGUUGGUCCUAUCUAAAAUCAUUUCUGCAAUUGAUUCCGUUCCCCUGCUUCCAAACGUGCUGGAAAUCGUAGGAACUGGCUACUCAGUCUGGUUCAUCACACGGUACCUCCUCUUUAAGGAAAGCAGAGACGAACUGUUUGCGAAAUUUGAAGAUCUGAAAAACAAUAUCAUUUGAGCAGGGGGAGAGUGAUGCGUUAGCAUACGUUUAGGCUUCACAGCCAGCUUAUUAUUUUAGGCCGUCUUCUUUUUUCAACUAUUGCUGGAAGAAAGAAACAAGUUGUGUUGUAAGCUGUUCCCUCUCAUCAACUGCAAUGGGAGAUCUGUUUACUAGUGUGCUUGCUCGA